AUGGCUCAGACGGACCGUGCCGCAUUGCUUGCCUUAUAUCACGCGACCGGCGGGCCCGCAUGGACUCGCAACUACAACUGGGACACGGAUUCCCCCAUCUCGCAAUGGUACGGGGUCACGGUCAUCGGAGACCGCGUCGUGAAGCUAAAUCUGAUGUGCAACAACGUCCAAGGUAGCGUGGGCCCAAACUCUCUGGCGGUGUGCUUUACCGACUUCGUUGACCGAAAGUUCCCCUUUCUUAGCAUGGCAAAUUAA